AACUGAGGGAGUGACUUCAGAUUAACUCCACCUCCUGUGGUGAAAUCGAAACCUAUGUGCAGAAUAAAGUGCAGUCUGUUAUUUUGCAUCAGAUCACAGUUUUCAGAUCUACAGAGUUCAACUCCGGACGAUGGCUUUUAAUCAGCAGUCACCUUUUUAUACCCCGAGAAUCCCCUUCACUGGAUCCAUCCAUGGUGGUCUGCAGGAGGGAAAGACCAUCACCGUCAGUGGACGAGUCGCGCCAGGAGCCGACAGAUUCCAUGUGAAUUUACAAUGUGGUUCCAAGACGAAUGCGGACAUUGCUCUCCACAUCAACCCACGUUAUGACAGUCAUCCUGGUUAUGUGGUAGCCAACACCUUCCAGUAUGGCAGCUGGGGCACUGAGGAGAGGAACUACAACUCUCCGUUCCCUGCUGGGUCCUCCUUCAAUCUAACCAUCACAGUCUCCCGUGAUUCCUUCCAGCUGAAUGUGAAUGGCAGCCAUUUUAUGGAGUACAGACAUCGGAUCCCAUUUCACCAGGUGGACACCAUCUCAGUGGGAGGGAAAGUCGAAAUCUCCUCCAUUGUCUUCCAGAACCCGACGUUCCCUGGACAGCCGGCGUUUCCUGCUCAGACUGCAUUUCCUUCAAAUGUAGUCUUUCCCACCCAGUCCGGCUUCCCGUCUUGUCCGGCAUUUCCACCUCAGCCUGGAUUCCCAGCUCAGCCUGGAUUCCCAGCUCACCCAGGAUUCCCAGCUCAGCCUGGAUUCCCAGCUCAGCCGGGGUUUCCUCCUGCAGCACCGACUGUUCCAUACAAGAGCGUCAUCAGUGGUGGACUCAGACCUGGCAGGACCAUCACCAUCCAGGGGACUGUUCAUGGCAAUGCUACAAGGUUCAAUGUCAAUCUUUGCCAUCAAUCUGGCAUCGCUUUGCAUUACAACCCACGUUUCAGUGAGAACACUGUAGUUAGAAACACCAAGCAGGGGGAGCAGUGGGGUGCUGAGGAGCGUGGUGGACCGAUGCCCUUCCAACGGGGCCAGAAUUUCACGUUGACCAUCUGUUGUGAGAAUAACUCCUUCAGGAUCGUGGCUAAUGGGAUGCAGGCACACACCUAUAAGCACCGGUUCACUCCCCUACAACACAUCACCUAUCUGGAGAUUGACGGUGACAUCAGUCUGACCUCUGUGGUUGUGUAGCGAUCCAGGACCUGAGGCUGAUCCACACAGUCACCACAAAGUCAGACAUACUGGAUUUAACAGUGAAUUGAUGCUGAUUAAUAUUAACCUGAUGUUUGCAUAUAUAGCUCCUGUAUUCAUACUGCAAAUGAUUAUUCUCAUUUUUAUACUCUAUUAUGCUUUAUAUAUUUUCAGAACACUUUGUUUAGGAAAAAUGAAACCUGGAUUACAAAUUAUAACACAAACUUGCCUUAAUUCACUGAACUGAAAAUGUGUUUACCUGACUGAAUGCAGCUGGGAAAGAAAAACUGCCCAGUGGUAGAUUUGAAAAAAUUAACACACAUUAUUAUUGCUUCUUCACAGUGUAAUCAGCAAUGCUAAAGUAAAUAUAUAACCUGAAUAAAAUAUUCAGUUUUCUUAACUUUUUGAUUUAGGGGGUCACAUAACAGGGGAGCGAGCCACCCUCCACAGACUUGGUAGGGAAAAGCUUGAAAUAAACCUUCUCAUAUUCA